UGUCAGAUGACUAUAUCGAUAUACACUGCUGGCUUUACUCAUGCUAACUUCACUCAAACAACUCGCCAUGCGCUCGUUGUUAAUAACUGCACUUAUUUAUGUUUUUUAUGUUAAUGUUAUCUCAAGCAACGCUGUGUUUACAAAUGUCGCAUAUUCUAAACCAGUGACCUUAAGUUCCGAACAUGGAUUUUUUCCAGGAAAAAACGCCGUGAACGGUCUUCUAUCCGACUUUACUCACACUGCGACAGAAAAACUCCCUUGGCUGAGGAUAGAUCUGGGAGCACAACACCUAGUCCAUCAAAUAGAAGUGUUUGCCAGAUCUGACUGUUGUGGUAAUCAGUUACAGGAUUUUGAUAUCACGGUUGGUGAGAAUAUUCACGACAUGCAUUUCUGUGGACAUUUUACGGGGCAUGCUUCAACUGGUCAGAGGAUUGCAGUGUUUUGUCCUCAUAACACCGUAGGACGUUUUGUACAAUUGCAGAUUGUCAGCGGAAAUGCCAACGUCUUGACUCCUGCAGAAGUUCUUGUUUGGGGUGUACAUGUGCAAAGAAAACGGACGAUUCAUUAA